UGUCAAUUGAAGUUUCUUGACUAUGGCGAACUUUCUCUCUCCUCUUUCCCCCAUUUUUUGUGUUUUCAUGAUUGUAAAGUCGCAUGGUGUAGAGGACUUCUCAAGGGAUGCCGUCUUCACAGCGACUGAAGAUGAAUACCUUGACCUCCUUGUCAUCAAGACUGUGACCACCCCUCGUCCUUUCGACUGCAACCUUUACUGUCUGGCCGAACCUGACUGUAAAUCAACCAACUACCAUCCACCAACGCGCAUGUGCGAACUGUGUAACCAUACCUUCGCUUCCAGGCCUGGCUGUAAAGUCCACAAACCAGGCUACAUCCACUUCGACUCCGACAAGUCACCACCUCCCAACCCCUGCAAUGAUGGGACGUGCAAAAAUGGUGGUACGUGCAACAACACAUGCUCAGCAGAUCUGUCGUGCAUUUGUCAACCCAAUACUACCGGCAUGCUAUGCGAGCAGUUCACAGGUGCGUUACAGUAAAAUCUCGCGUAUAAGAACCUAAUAUUUAAAACCUUCUAGGCUAAAAUUCAGAUAAGAACGAUUUUAAGCUUAACUUUAGUCUUACUCUUAAAAAAUAGGAAAAAAAAACAAUCUCAAAAAAAUCUUAUCAAGCAAUGUUAUACCUAUCUGACUUUUGAAAAAAAGGUGUGUCAAUUCCCGAAAGUGGUCUCGGUCAUCAGAUUCAUCUUGAUUGACAAGGAAGAGGGACAGAU